AUGCGGCUGGUGCAGAGCAUCGCGGGCCGACGCGAGUCCGCGGACGCGCAACCCGCCACGUCCACUAGCAGCACGCGCCUGCUUCACCAUGGCCAGUCGGCCGACCUCGAGCAGAUCAGCAUCGUCUCAUCGAACGCCACUCCUUCGCAAGUGACGUACGGAACUGGUCUGGUCACGGCCAACGGGCCCAGGAUAGUACCAGGAACAAUCACCAGCACAGGGCGGAUUGGCGAACGACUUAGCAUAUCUGGCACGAGAUUAGAUACUGGGAGUCCAGUAAGAUUCGGUACUAAAUCCAGUGUCGAAUCGCUUAGGCUCUCUGCUGGCCGACAAAGCUUACUCGACUUGGUAGGAUGUAGAUUCGGCGUAAGUCGAAAACCACCUCAGACCUGUUUCUCACACUCCAGAGACUCGUUGACGCCGGUGUACACAAACCAGACUAGCAGUUGUCUGCCAGGUGGCAUAGCCAGCUCGGAUUCGGACAUAGCGGCCAAGGCGGGCGGCAAAUCGUCGUCCGGCCAGCACCGUCCGAGCCGGGUCAACUUUGAUGGCGCCGGCGCCGGGGCGGGCGACGGUGGUAGCGGGGGCGGUGAUGGGGGUACCGCAGGAAGUGGAAGUGCUUCCGGUGCAGCGGCGGCGGCGGCGUCAAGUGGCGGUGGUGGAGCCGACGGCGCUGGUGGAGGCAGCACCACGACUGGUAGGGCGUCGUAUAACAACGCCCGCGGUUCCAUCUGCUUCGACGGCGGCCGGCAGAAGAACGGCGGUCCCCGGCAGUACAGAGACCGGACGUCCGACCGCGUCAAGGGCAUACGGUGGUCGUUUGUGUUCGACCCCGCCGGACAGCUCUGCUACUACUGGAACAUGGUCGUGUCCAUGGCAUUCCUCUACAACUUCUGGGUGAUCAUAUAUCGGUUCGCGUUCAGCGAAAUCAACAGGAACACGAUAGUGGUGUGGUUUUGUUUGGACUAUAUAUGUGAUCUGCUUUACGUGAUCGACAUAUUAUUUCACUUCCGCACGGGUUACCUGGAGGAUGGCGUGCUGCAGACGGAUGCCGCCAAACUGCGCAACCAUUACAUGAACUCGACUACGUUCUACAUAGACUGCCUGUGCCUGUUGCCGUUGGACUUCCUGUACCUGUCCAUAGGGUUCAACUCCAUCCUCCGAUCGUUUCGGAUAGUGAAGAUCUACCGGUUCUGGGCGUUCAUGGACCGGACCGAGCGGCACACCAAUUACCCCAACCUCAUCCGAUCCGGCAGCCUCAUCCACUACCUGUUGGUGAUAUUUCACUGGAACGGGUGCCUGUACCACAUCAUCUACAAGAACAACGGGUUCGGUAGCAAAAACUGGGUAUACACGGACUCGGACACCGAGGAGACGGACACGGUCAAGCGGUACCUGCAGAGCUACUACUGGUGCACGCUGGCUUUGACCACCAUCGGUGACCUGCCCAAACCCAGGAGCAAUGGCGAGUACGCGUUCGUCAUAUGUCAGUUGCUGUUCGGUCUUCUACUGUUUGCAACCGUGCUCGGCCACGUGGCAAGUAUAGUGGUGAGCGUGAGUGCGGGCCGCAAAGAAUUCCAAGCGAAAUUGGACGGUGUUAAAACGUACAUGCGAAUGAGAAGAGUACCGAAUCACUUGCAGACCAAAGUGAUUAAAUGGUUUGACUACCUCUGGUUAACGCAAAAAUGUUCAGACGAAGAAAAAGCCAUUAGCUGUUUACCGGAUAAACUAAAAGCUGAGAUCGCAAUAAACGUACACUUGGACACGCUGAAAAGGGUUGAAAUCUUUCAAAACACAGAAGCCGGAUUCCUCUGUGAACUGGUGUUGAAAUUAAGACCCGUGUUGUUUUCUCCUGGAGAUUAUAUUUGCAGAAAAGGGGAAGUUGGCAAAGAAAUGUACAUAGUAAGCAGAGGGAAACUACAAGUGGUCACCGACGAUGGCAAGUCGGUUCUUGCAGUACUUCGAGCAGGGUCAUAUUUCGGAGAAAUCAGUAUACUUAAUAUGGGGACAGCAGGGAAUAGGCGAACCGCUUCAGUCCGGUCAGUAGGCUAUAGCGAUCUGUUCGUUUUGUCAAAAAAAGACAUGUGGGAUGUGCUCAAAGAAUACCCUACUGCCAGAAUCAGACUAGAGGCAAUAGCUACCAAACGUCUGGAAAAGUACAAAACUGAACCUAGUCCAGACGAUAAAUUAGAAGGAUUAGUCGGAAGGCGAUGCAAGUCGACGCCCGGAAUCGUAGAAAGCCAAAUUAAAGUAGAAGAUGAGAUGUGGUUGCAAUCCAGCGAAGGUCUUUUAAGGCCAGCGGCUACAUUUAAUAGCAACAUCAAUAACAGGACUUCGUUCAGUCCUACCGCAAGUCCUAGUUUCAGAUCAAAUGCCGCAGCAACAUUAGAAUCCCCUCUGUCUAGUAAAUAUUCUCUAGAUCAAGAACACCACCAUCACCACCAUCACCAUGUUCCAGAUGCUCAAAAACCACAAGCAACCACUUCAGGUGUAGGUAAAGAUGCAACGAUGGUGUCCGCAUUGGAAGCGGAAAUUAAUAGACUUCAAGAACGUUUGAUAGCUGUAGAAACAGAGAACUUGUAUCUCAACAAAAAAGUUACUCAACAGCGGUGGGACAUGGACCACAGGCUUGCUGAAAUUGAGAUGCAGAUUUGUAAAGACGUUGGAAGUAGUGCAGAUAGUAGUUGUGAUGAUAACGAAAGAAAUAAAGAGUCGAUCAUCUAA